AAAACGCAAUCUUGAAUGCGUUUUUACUCCAGGUGGAAGACGUGGUCCUAAACCUAAAGAUAAAGUGACCAACAUGAAUUAUACGCCUUAUUAUCAAACCCAAACUUAUUGUUACGACACUGUUCUAGGAGUGAAUUGCUUUCCUCAAACACAUGGUCAAGAAUGUCUUUUUCCUUCGGUCAUAGAUGCUUUUACGCCUUGCUUUUCUCAAACACAUUGUCAAGAUAAUUCUACGCUUUGUUAUCCAAAUCAAGGUCAUUCUAACGCCAGAACUCAAGAAGCAAAUAUCUUUCAUCAAGCUUAUGAGAAUGGGAAUUCUAAUUUUAAUGAAUUUCAAUGA